CGAUCGGCGAGAUCUACCCCAAAGCCCCUCCGCUUACAGUAUCACCCCACUAUCUCGAAUACAUAAUCACGAUUCUCUCAUUGGCUUUGUCUGGGUGCUAUGUCAUGACUUCCCCUCACCUUUCCAUACAGAGUCUUUCUUUACAAACGCGAGGGUUCAAGCCAGCUCCCAAAAUGCGGGGAACUUGUCUCUGAUUGGUAGGAUUCGUAGACCAUCCGUCAUAUCAACCUAGUGAUUGGUUUUGGAGUGCCCUUAUGAUAUAAUGUCGGGAUACUUCCGUUUGUCAGCCUCUAUAUAUGCUAUCAUAAUCCCUAAAUUCUCAUUCCAUUCUCAAUUUAACUUCAGAUCUACCAAAAUCAAACCCCAAAGCCCCAGAAUAUCAGUCAACAUGCCUAACAACCCCUUCCAACAAAAGUACUCCACCCAAAGCCACAAAAUCUUCGCCGAGAUCCCAGCCACCCCCGACACACCAGCUGCUCCCGCCGAGGCGAGAAGGUCCAUGGAGGCCACAUCCUCACCACCUGGCCGUCGACGGUCCUCCGUCACCACCCGCUUCGCAAACCUAGAAGCCCUCAAGCACCCAAACACCGAAGAAGCCGCUGCCCGCAGGGCCAGUAUGGCAGACCAUAAGAUCGGCAGCCCGGGAGUCAUUGGAAACCUUUGGAACAGCUGGACGCGAGGAUCGACGGCGAUGGUCAAGGAGACGCCGGGGUCAAAUGCAAAGAACGCUUCGACGUCGAGCAAGUAAUUUAUAUGACACCUAAGUCUGAAAAAGAUGUAUAGCAUUUGAGAGCAGCGUUAUUCGAGUUGCGGCCUCUUCGUUUAUAUGAAGCUGUUUCACGAUUGUACGGCCUGUGUGUAUUAUUAUAUACCUAAACAAUUUGGAUCAGAUUAUAAUUUCCGA